AUGCCCUGGAAAUCCGAUGCUGGCGGGGGCGGGGGAGACUUCUCCCUUUCCCCAAAUGAUUUCCCACCGAUACAGAACAACCAGAAAAAGGGCUUUUUCGACAUGUACAAUGAUGAGAUUGAGAGGAUUGCACGUGCGCAACGCUAUUUGGUGAUGAAGAGAGAUGCAAAAGGCCACGAAGAUAUGACUGCGGUAUCUCCGUUUCUCAUUGCGAGAACGAUGCGGUCUUAUGGUGAUGUGAACAAUAUGUCUCGACUAAAGGAUGGCACUCUUUUGGUUGAGACAAAAUCAAAGGAGCAGGCGAACCGGAUGAUGAACAUCAAGAGGAUUGGUAAUUUUGAUAUUUCUGUGACUGAACACCCGACACUCAACAAAUCCAAGGGAAUCAUUCAUUGCUGGGAUCUCGCCUAUAUGGAUGAGCAAGAACUCCUCACGGAAUUAUCGUCCCAGAUGGUUACGGAGAUCCGACAGAUCAAGAGGAAGCCCACUGAACUCGAAAAGAGGGCCAGUCAAAAUAGAGAGGGAAAUGAAGCUUCACAAUGGAAAAAUACAGGAACAUUUGCAGUUACGUUUGCUCUUCCAGAAGUUCCAACGUACAUUAAAGCUGGUUACUUGAGAAUUGAUGUAAAGCCGUUCGUUCCCAAUCCGUUGCGCUGCUUUAAUUGCCAAAAAUUUGGCCAUAUGAAGACAACAUGUAAAGGAGCAGCAAUGUGUGGGUCCUGUGCCCAAAAGGACCACUAUCCCGAACCCUGUGCUGGAGGUCCAAGAUGUAUAAAUUGUGGAGGAGACCACGAAAGCUGGUCUAGACGCUGUCCAGUUUUCCGAACGGAAUUCGAGAUCCAAAAGAUCAGAGUGUACAACAAAAUUUCUUUCGCUGAAGCCAAGAAGAGAUUCAUUGCCAAGAUGAGUAUGGAAGAUAACACGUUUGCUGGAGUUACAGGAAAGAGAGAGACAUCCUUUGGUGUUAACUGUGAACAUUGUCUCUGUCAGUGUAAUAGGAAACCCAAGAAGGUAGUACAAGAUCCGGAAGCAGCAAAUCCGCAAAAGACCCAGACAGAAGUUCAAGAUGAGAUCGAAGCUGAAGGAGCCGUCGGAGGUGUCGAAGAAGUUUCAUCCACUUACGACACUACUAAUGAAGAGGAAAGUUCUGAGGAGAUGGACUUCAAUGUUGAGGAGCAGAGCCAUGUGUUGGAAGAUACAACAGUCACAAAUAUUAAGGAUGUUGAUGACUACCAAGUCGUCUCCAAGCAGAACAAGAAACGGCAGAAGAAUACCUCCUCAUCCGAGGAGACAGAUUCCAACCGUGUCAAGGCAGGUUUAGUUGAGAAGACAAAGACUGGGAAGAACAAAAGGAAGAAGCUUGCCGUGCUGCCCAGCGACAGCUAUAUUAGCAGUGUGGCCCACAAACCCGGAGUUACUCACCAUGAGAAAACUGUUGAUGAAGCUACAAUUCGUAGGGUAAUAGGUGUAGACUAG